AUGAAGGGGACUACCGCUGUACGCUUGGUCAAUGAGAAGGGGUGGGCGGCGCUGGGAGCGUUCGUCAGCCCCAACGGGAAGUUGUCUUCUACUGAUGGCUGUAUUGCGAGGAUGGCCGUCGUCUCUGACGGGAAGGGCGCAGCUGAAGUUGUGGUGUUGGCCCCUCCGUCAGAGUUGCUGGAGUCCUGCCUUGCUGAUUACGACUGGCUUAGUCGUUGGAACCGGCUCCGCGUCUACCACCCGCCCGGGGAAUCCAAACAGCAAGCGAAGGCCUCUGCUCGCAUCGAGCGCUUGCUUGCCCGGGCCAUGAAGAACCAUCUGCACGACGAGGAUCCAUCAGCCGCCAGUGCGGCCUUGAAGAAAGCAUUCGGCAGGAAGCUGAUGGAAUGGCUGGAGACUGAGAAUGCCGGAGACACCGAGGUUGACGGGAGCGGAAGGUUGGAGAUCACUGACGUGAGGCCGCUAGAUGCAGAUGAACAAGAACAAGUCCGGGAUCAAGUUCCAGCGAAGUGGCUUCCGAAAAUUGAGGAUUCGAUGUCUUUCGUGAAUUGUAUUGAGAUCGAGGGCCAGGCCGUUCGCGAAAGAAGCGAAGGCUUCUGGCGACGCCCUGGGUUGUUCAAACGUCUUGGUAUUGUGGGUAUUGCGACUGCAAGUGGCCUGGUGAUUACUGGGUUCCUACUAUACCGUUUUGGUCCUCGGUAUGGCGGUCGGUCUUCCGACACCACGGCGUACAACUCCUCUUCGUCCGACACCACGGCCUCUUCAUCCACUGUGGGGGCCUACGAACUUGCUCCUACUGCAUCUGGCACUGCGAUCCCAGGCAUCACGACCUCCAGCUCUACCUUAUCCACGACGCGAUUCCCAUCCACAGCGGGCAGAAACAUGUGUGAGGGUACCACCUUUGGCCUGACCGAGCCCGAGAAGUAUCAGCGAGCACUGGCUUGUGAUUGUCUUGCUGUGUCGGAGUCCAGCUUGUUCACGAACUGCCAUCCGAAUCCCGAAAAGCGCCCCGAGCCAAGCGUCGAUGUUAUCGCGUCACUACUCUCGGGGUACGAAUUGGCGACACUGCGAGUACCUUCCGGCACUUGCAAGGAAACGCUUCACAGGAGCAAGACCCAAACGGUGGUGAGAGCGGAGGUGGGCGGCUGGAGAAUGUUGGAUUGGUCCGAGUUGUCCGAAGGCGGGCAGAUAGUUUGCACUGACGAGAAUGGCCUAAACCUAAAUUGUCAUUACUUCGGCGCUCCGUCCAAGUUCGACUUUCCUACUGUCUGGGAUGCCAUCAACCUCUACGUCAAGCCCUACCAGUGUCUGGCUGCAAGCAACCCCAAGAGUCAAAAGCACGAGGUCGAAUACUACGGGGGGCGCGCAAGGGGGGUCGCGAGGUACGUAGGUGGUGACUUAUACGGACUGAGUGACGACCACCUUGAACAACUAGGCUUGAAAGUCGUUCAGUUGAACCCGCUGUCUAGUGUGCAGUGGGAGGGUACAGAGGUGUAUCCCAAGAGCGACUGUAAUACUGAUGGUCCGACUUGUCGGACAAAUAUAUCGGAGCAUUGCCAAUGCGAAAUGAUAGAAAUGUACGCCCAUGCCAUCACUCCCUCCGGCAAGACCAUUCACUGGGGUUCAACUAAAGACUACUUCACCAACCAGACGGACUUGGCUAAGUACUAUACUUUAUUCCAAAGGAAAGGCUACAAGCCGGUUUACUGCCACGUGAAAUGCUGGAGAGACCCUCAACCCGCACUACACCGUGAACAUUCCAAGAACUUCUUCAGAAACGACUUGGGGCAGCAAAUUUUAUAG